UUCCUAAAAAUCUCUCAGUCUCAAUCGUUGUUUGAGUUGGGCCAAUAUCGAGCGUUGGAUCUCAGUCCCCGUGGAUCAUGUAUGUCUCCCUCCCUCUUUCACUCGUGGGGAUGACGAGAAAGUGAUGACGAGUGGAUAGGAAUGGGUGAGGGCGGUGAGCUAAAAAAUGUGUUCGGACGGAUGGCAUAGCGCCCGAACGAGCCAGUUAGAUGGCGUGUCGACCGGUCCUGCUUUAAGAUCCGUGAUCACCAUCCGAUGGUUACAACAACAUCAGGACGAAUUGUCUUCGUGCCACACGUGUGGCACUUAUCAUUUAGGUAGAAAAUUGACUUGCCCAAAUUUAAAAAUCAGGUAAUUUACAUAUAUAGUUCCUAUAGUUAAUGGAUGAGAAUAAGCAUAUCUAAAGAGAGGGGGAGGGGGGAGCCGAUUUGCAGACACCAUGCAUGCCGAUGCCGCCGCCGCGCGCAUCGAUGACCAUCACCUGCCACUGCGCACUCGGUCACCUCCUAAGUUGCCGCUCCAUCUUUUGCUCCCCAGCGGUUCCUGGCUUCCUGCUCGCCCGGCCUCUCCUCCUCUCUCUCUCUUCCCGUCCUCUCCCUCACGCGCAUUUGGAUCGACCCCCGGUGAAGCUGCAUGCGCCGAGGGCGACAACGUACCGUCCACCGUACAUGUGCAUGUGGUGUGGAAGGGAAGGAGAGACGAAAGAGAACGAUCGACUCGACAAUUGGUGAUCACCGUGGGCAGGCACGUCGUCGUAGGUAGGUGGUGCAUGCAUGAGCAAGAAGAAGAGAGAAGGAGGCGGAGGAGGAAAAGGCGGUGGGGGAGGGGCUCAUCAGCACAGGGGAAGCGGCGGCGGGCCGACGGCGGUAACGGAUGUGCUCUCCAUGGACGGCGGCCUCCGCGAGGUGUCGGUCUCGGUCGUCUUCUCCGUCUGGUGUCUCCUUUUCCUCCUGCGCUCCCAGUUCCUCAACAGCCAGACCGACGACCCUUCGGAUUUCUACGGCGAGCGCGACAACUACUGCAAGGUGAUGCCACUGGAGGCAUACAUAUUCCCCGCCGACAACGCCUCCUCCCCGACGUGCCAAUCCUCCUCCUCGCCGCACCACCCAGAAGCGCUGCCGCCGUCCAACGCAAGCGGCGGCAACUCGUCGACCGAGGCAGCCUUGGUGGAGCUGGACGAGUUCCGGAGCCGCAUCCUGCAGGGCAAGGCCGACAACGACAGCGGCCGGCAUCACCAGCGCGUCGCCGACGGUGCCACGCACCGCCUGGAGCCCAGCGGCGCCGAGUACAACUACGCGGCGGCGUCCAAGGGAGCCAAGGUGCUCGCCCAUAACAAGGAGGCCAAGGGCGCCGCGAACAUCCUCGACGGCGACAAGGACCGCUACCUCCGCAACCCGUGCUCCGCGGACGACAAGUUCGUCGUGGUACAGCUCUCCGAGGAGACGCUCGUCCACACCGUGGCGCUGGCCAACCUGGAGCACUACUCCUCCAACUUCAAGGACCUGGAGCUACAUGGCAGCCUGAGCUACCCGGGGGAGGCGUGGGAACUGCUGGGGCGGUUCACGGCGGAGAACGGCAAGCACGCUCAGCGCUUCGUGCUGGCGGAGCCCCGGUGGACGCGCUACCUCCGGCUGCGCCUCGUCAGCCACUACGGCUCCGGGUUCUACUGCAUCCUCAGCUACCUGGAGGUGUACGGCAUCGACGCCGUGGAGCGGAUGCUGCAGGACUUCGUCGCCAGCCACAGCCCCGACGCGGACGCCGCAAAGGCCGCCGCCGACGCCCGUAAGGACAGCAGCCACAACGACACCGCCGGCUCCCAGGUCCACGCCAAGCAGGUGGAGGGCGGCGGGCGGAACGAGAGCACCGGCGACGUGGCGAAGAACAACGGCUCGAGGGUGGCGGACGGGAAGCCGGCGCAGGCGCAGGGCAAGGAGGCGGUGAAGCAGGCGACGGGGCGGGUGCACGGCGACGUGGUGCUCAAGAUCCUGAUGCAGAAGCUGAGGUCCCUGGAGCUGGGGCUGUCGACGCUGGAGGAGUACACCAAGGUGCUGAACCAGAGGUACGGCGGCAAACUGCCGGACCUGCACAACGGGCUGGCGCAGACAGGCAAGGCGCUGGAGAAGAUGAAGGCGGACGUGGAGGACCUGGUGGAGUGGAAGGACAAGGUGGCGAGGGAUGUGGGAGAGCUGAGGGACUGGAAAUCAAGCGUCUCGCGGAAACUAGACCAUCUGGCCAGGGAGAACGCGGCGAUGAGGUGGGAUGUGGAGGAGAUGAGGAGCAUCCAGGAGACGCUUCAGAACAAGGAGCUGGCGGUGCUUUCCAUCAGCCUCUUCUUGGCGUGCGUCGCGCUCUUGAAGCUGGCGUGCGACCGCUUGCUGCUGCUCUUCGCUAGCAAGGAGGAGGAGGACGGGGCAGGGACGGGGUGGAUGCUCGUGUUGGCGGCCAGCAGCCUCACCACCCUCAUCGUGCUGCUCUACAGCUGAACGAUUUGUUAGGAAGAAUAGAAUAAUAAUGACUUUGCGAGCUAGACCUCGUUACCUUCUUUCAGGUCAUGUUAUGACUUAGCAAGUCAUUAGGCAAUCUAAUUCUCCCCUCGUUUAGCACAGCUAGUCUUCUUUUACAAGAGAAAUAAAGUACAAGAAGAAUGGGUAUACUGUGCAGUAUGUUGGCGAGGCUUUCAACCUUCAAUACUUAAACUACAAGACGCUAUGGAUGACUAACGAGGAACCAAAGAAAAGGCUAUCCAAUAAGUCUACUUUCAUCUGCAACGAGAAAUGGGUUCAUUUCAUACCAGACAACACAAGAGCGGUGCAGCAGGUGUCAGUGGAACAAGUUACAGACCACAAAAAAAUAAUGGACAAUUGAGCGAGCAAAUUAUUGAGGCACUGUUGCAAUUGUGUGCUCGUCAUGCUGGCAUUCAGCACUAAAAA